AUCAAAAAAACCAAAAAUUCUGAGGGUCAAUAUUUAUUUUGCAUUUUGUAUUUGAAAAGCUCUUGCUUCCAAUUCUUGUAAUUCUAGUGUUUGGUUUUUGUUAAUGGAUUUGCAAUCGGUGAACAAGGCUUUGACUCUUUCGCGCCGGAAGAAACAAUGGCUUAUACUGUUAGCUGUAUGUGGCGUCUCUGUUUAUGGAGCCUACAAGGUCUAUAAUUUACCCUCUGUUGUGAAGAAAAGGAAGACGUUUUCCAAGCUCUUCGGAGCCUUGGUUUCGUUAGCUGAGUUGGUCUCGGAAUCCGCCGACGCGGUCAAUGUUGUCUCCAAGGAGUUGAAGGAGUUUUUGCAAUCUAAUUCCGAUCAAGUUCCAAAGAGUUUGAAGCAACUUUCAAAGAUUUUGAGGUCAGAUGAGUUUUCCCAAUCUUUAAUUAGGAUUACAGAGGCUUCAACAGUUGGGGUUUUAAGAGGCUAUAAGUUAGAAUCAAUGAAUGUGAAUGAAUUCAAAACGAGUUCGGAGAAUCCCAGUUUUACCGAUAAGGUGUUGGAUAGGGUUUUCUCUAAUGCUGGGUCUGGUUUUGUAUCAGUUGUAGUUGGUAGCUUUGCUAGGAAUCUGGUUCUGGGGUUUUACUCGGCCGGUGGCGAAAUGGAGCGGUUGAAUGGGAACGAUGGGUCAUCUAAUAAUGUGCCCGAAUGGGUUAAUUUGAUGCUAUAUGAUGACAAAUGUAAAGAGCUGAUUGCUGAUUGCAUUCAAAGAUUAGUAAGCACGGCUGUUGCGGUUUAUCUCGACAAGACAAUGGACAUUAAUACUUAUGAUGAAUUUUUUGCUGGGAUGACUAAUCCUAAACAUGAAAAACAUGUCAGAGACGCUUUGGUUUCUAUUUGUAAUGGUGCUGUGGCAACUCUGGUGAGAACGUCUCAUCAAGUGUUGACAAGUUCGGACUUGAAGUCGGGUUCUACUUGUUUGUUUCUUGAUCGGAGCUUGGAUGCUGGUGGAAUGAGAGAUGGUUUCAAGAAGGAAUUGUCUUUAAACGGAAUGGAAAGGGGGAGCUCAUUUGAUGGGAAUCAGAAUAAUGGGUGGGUCAAUAAGGUCUCUUCUUCAUGGGCAGUUCCCGCCAACUGGAAGUUUGUGCUUGAUGUGACUGGGAGGGUGACUUUUGAAACAUUAAGGUAUUUGGUGGUGUUUGUACUAUGGAAGCUUUCAGAGGGUUUGAAGAGAAGUAUUCAUAUUGUUCGUGAGGAGGUUGUGGAAAGGGGACUGGAUGUUAUCAGAUAUGUUGGUGCUAAGUCUUCCAUUAUAGUCACAGUUUGUGUUGCUCUGUAUUUACAUAUCCUGGGUGGUAGUAGGGUUGUGAUGCCUGCUUGAAUGAGCAUUUGCUCUGACUUUUUACCGAAAUACAACAAAAUCUUACUGAAGCUGCUUAUAUCAGACUGUCUUGUACCGUUGUAUGUAUAUUUCUCUCAUGCAAACUGUAUAUAGCAUUAGCAAUACCCAACUUCCUUCAAAUUAUUUUCCAUAUACAAAUCUAUACUAAAAAAUAUCAGUUCUCUGCUGCUGUAUACCAGAACUAGUGCCAUUUUGUUGUUCCAGGAAAUCUAAUUCUUAUUAGUGAUGGAUCGACAGUGUUUUAGAAAUGAAAUUGGCUUUGGGAUUAAGAAUUCCAAUUCUCGUGUCAUUUUUUUUGCC